AUGACUGGGAAUAACCAAUCCUUGACCACUGAGUUUACCCUCACAGGAUUUACAGAUCACCCAGACCUGAGGACUAUUUUGUUUCUUGUGUUCCUUACCAUCUAUCUGAUCACCAUGGUGGGAAAUCUUGGUCUGGUGGCAUUGAUAUUCAUAGAGCGUCGUCUUCACACACCAAUGUACAUCUUUCUGGGUAACCUCGCUCUGAUGGAUUCCUGUUGUUCCAGUUCCAUUACCCCCAAGAUGUUACAGAACUUCUUCUCUAAGGACAGCAUAAUUUCCCUGUAUGAAUGCAUGGCACAAUUUUAUUUUCUCUGCCUAGCUGAAAGUGCAGAUUGCUUUCUCCUGGCAGCAAUGGCCUAUGAUCGCUAUGUAGCCAUCUGCAAUCCACUGCAGUACCACACCAGGAUGUCAAAGAAACUCUGUAUUCAGAUGACCACAGGAGCCUACCUAGCUGGAAACCUGCAUUCCGUUAUUCAUGUUGGGCUUCUGUUUAGGUUGACUUUCUGUGGGUCUCAUCAAAUCAAUCACUUUUUUUGUGAUGUUCUUCCAUUAUAUAGACUCUCCUGUGUUGACCCUUAUAUCAAUGAACUGAUGAUAUUAAUUUUGGCAGGGUUCAUUCAAAUCUUCACUAUUACCACAGUAAUAAUCUCUUAUCUUUUCAUCCUUUUCAUAAUUUUCACAAUGAAAUCCAACAAGGGAAGAAGGAAAGCCUUAUCUACUUGUGCAUCCCACUUUCUCUCUGUCUCAAUAUUCUAUGGUUCUCUUAUCUUCAUGUAUGUUAGACCAAAUUCAGUUAAAGAAGAAGAAAAAGAAAAACCUGUUGCUGUUUUUUAUACUAUAGUGAUUCCAUUGUUAAACCCUUUUAUUUAUAGCCUAAGAAAUAAGGAAGUAAUGACUGUUAUGAAAAAAAUGAUGAAGAUUUCCUAA